AUGGCUGACAAAGUUCGUGAAAAUCAGCAGUACUUGCGCCACAAGGCAAAGUAUAUCGGACUCGGCAAUCCCGAAACUACUCGUGAAGAAUUUGCGACACAAAUUCACCGCGACACCCUAGCAUCAAUUGCGAUGCACAAAGAUAUACUCAUGUACAACUCAACUGCAACAAACACUCAUCCAGAAUUGUAUCGUCAGAGUCUAAUAAAGAAAAUGGUACAGCCAUUGAAACGGGAAGGACCAAAAACACCAGGCUCCGAGAAGAGCUGA